GAGUGUGGCAGCAGUGCAGUCAACAAGCGCUAAAAAAAAUAGCCACCACGUAAACAAACGAAGUCAUGCUAUCAACAAUUAUAAAAGAUCAAGGAUCCUCACUUGCCCAGCCUACCUCGUGUCUUUUUGUUUCUGACGUUUAACUUAGUCGCGUUAAACGACAAAGACCGUUUUCUGCUGUGGUAUUUAUAGACCCUUUAUCAUGCGACGACAUACAUUCACAAAUAGCCACACAUCGGAAAGGGCAGAUUGGGUGCAUCGUUUUAGAACCGGGCGAUGGCCACCCCGUAUGACGACGACGUCUGCACCCCUCCCUUCUCCAAAAUGCCAACAGGGUUUGAACGGUCUUCCUCCGAUUGUACUCGUUCUGGGAGGCCCUGGGUCAGGAAAAGGGACGCAAUGUGUUCAAUUGGCCAAUGAGUUUGGCUUCGCACAUCUGUCCACGGGAGAUUUGCUGAGGAAGGAGGUCGAGCUAGGUACCAAGAUUGGCAGAGAAGUGGCUACGCUGCUGGCCAGCGGCGAAUUGGUCUCCGAUGAGAUUGUUAUGGCAGUCUUAAGAAAUGCGGUACAGAAGCUGCCGCGAGGAACCAAAGGCGUACUUGUGGACGGAUUUCCUCGGAGUCUCGAACAAGCGAAACUUUUUAACAAGGCGGUUGGGUCACCACAUUUAGUGUUGUACUUUCAUUGUCCCCAGAGUGUCCUUCGUCGACGAAUGGCGCAUCGAGGACGAUUAGAUGAUAACCUGGAUGCCAUCGCACAUCGAUUGCACGUUCACGACACUGAAACUCCCGCUGUUCUGUCGUACUUUAGCAAGUCGUCGUCAACAGCACGCCUCCACCGAUCAUCGUCCCCAGAAUCAAUGUCUCGCAACACACCCUCGCAGCAAGCCCGUCAGUUUGCAUCCCUCAGCCGCCGACAACAACGUAUUAUUCGUAUCCCGGCCACACCACCUGCGGAUGUUGUCUACCGUAUGGUUAGGACGCAUUUUCUCCCAGGAGGAUCAUUUGAACAAGGCCGCGCUUUAAAUUUCCUUCCUAUAUAUAAUUCUCCCAAGCCCAUCCCUACACCCGUUUCAACCACGCUGACUGAAAAUAUCAUAAAAUCUCUCACUAAAUGGCGGAGAGCGAUACAAACCCAUCCAACAACAACCGCGACAACUGCCCCCAUAGGUCGGCCGGUGCCUACUUACACGCAUGCUUCACCGCUCCGUCGUCCGGUCUUGAUACCCAAACCGUGUGGAACGGAACGCCCGCACACAUUGAACCCGAGAUUGAGAAUGGGUCAAACGCUAACGAUCCCAUUUUAUUUGAAUUUGUUGCAUGUUUCUAGUGCGAGGACUUUGAUGAGGAGGAUGAUGAUUUAGAUAGUUGUGUCUACAGAUACUCAAAGCCUAGGAACUUCCUAGAGUCACGUAUACCCGGUUGGAUUUAGAGUCAAGUAGACAAUUGAAUUGCAGAAUAGGAUUUUAUAUUUCUUGAUUUUCACGAGCAUGUAACUCUGGUCCGGCCAAAUAUCCUACUUCACCA